CGCUUGAUAAGAAAUGCGUUAAUCUUUAUUAAGCUGCCCCUGUGUGUGUGUGUGUUGGUGUGUAUUCCACUUGGCUCGUGUGUGUUUGUGGAGUAUUUACAUGGGAGUUUUUCAAUUUCUGUUGACAAUUUCCGUUGGAAACUUUUCGCUAAAAAGGUGCUAAACAAAUCUGACAAAGUCCAAAAGGAAAAUGUAAUUUAUGCAUUGGGCAGCAGAAACAGGAAAACAAAGAAUACGAGAACGAGAAGAUAAAAGAUAGAAGUAAUAGAAAAAUCAACGCAACACUGCAACAACAACUUGUUGGAUGACUCAAUAUUACAGUGGAAUAAAAAUGCAUUAUUCCAGAGGAAAGCCCUGAAUAUAAAUCGAUGGAGACCUCAUUAUGUCGAGUUUGCCUUGUUAGUUACAAAAAUAUAGUGAAUAUUUUUGAAACCGCACAUGAAUCAGGCAUUUCCAUUGCGUAUAUGAUAUCUCGUUGCACUGACUACAAAGUUGACAGAGAGGAUAAAUUUCCCAAAUCCAUUUGUGUGUCUUGUCUGGAGGAUGUGCAGAACGCAUUCGAGAUUAUCGAAACGUAUGAGAGGAGCCACCAGUUCUACAGCUUCUUCAAGGAUCUACGGGAGGAGGAAUGCGAGGAUGAAGGAUCCCAUUGUUUCGAGGAAGGUCCAAUCAAAGACGAGGAAACAAAUGGAGACAAUUGGACCCGGGAGUUCCCUGACCAAAAAGAAAACUGCGGAUCGUAUCGGUCAUAUUCCCAAUUAAGUAACGAGGGAACGGAAGGUGAUUUAGAAGAGACCAAUUUAAAGGGAUCUGAUGAUUGUGGCGAUGACACAGUCUAUAAGUUUUGUAUUGAUGAUGGUAAAGAUAAAACCAAAGUUAAACUGUCGCUUAACUGUUCCUAUUGUCCAAAGACUUUUCCAACGAAGUCUAAACUUGAAAUACACUUUCGAAGCCACAAAAAAGAAAUGCGGCCAUUCAAGUGUUCCCACUGCACGAAGUGUUUCGCAACUAGGCAAGUACUUACGAAUCAUUUUCUGACUCACACAGGAGAACGCCCCUUUAAGUGUUCCCAAUGCCCGAAGGCUUUUGGAACCAAUGGAAAUCUUAAGAGGCACUUAACAGUGCACACAGGAGAUCGACCGUCGUUCCCGUGUUCCCAUUGCUUGAAGAGUUUUAUAAGUAAGCAAAGGCUCACGAUCCACUUGCGAUCUCACCUAAAGAAAGAAAAUCGGAGCGCAUUACAGUGUUCCUACUGCCUGAAGCCCUUUGUCAAAAACUUCCUUCUUCAGAAGCAUUUGCGAACGCAUACAGGAGAGAGACCAUUUAAAUGUUCUCACUGCUCGAAGACCUUUGGAUUUCAACCAAAUCUUAAGCGGCACCUGCUGAUUCACACUGGAGAGCGACCCUUCGACUGUUCCCACUGCUCCAAAAGGUUUCAAACUAAAGAGCAUCUUAAGCGACACUUUUUAACGCACACAGGAGAACGACCUUUCCAGUGCUCCACCUGUUCAAAGUCGUUUACCCAGAAGAUCUCUCUUAAGAUACACAUGCGAACCCACACGGGAGAACGCCCCUUCAAGUGUUCCCACUGCUCGAAGGACUUUACGCUUUGUACUAGUUUAAAGCGGCACUUGAUAAUACACACAAAGAAGCGGUCCUUCAAGCGUCAAACUGCCUAAGGAUUAUUGCAACUAAGCAUAGCCUUCAUAGUUUCAUUUAAUAAUAAUCUGUUAUAAGCAUAUUAAAUAUUAAUCCAGUUAUUUAAGAUUUACCAUUAAGGAAAAUACUAUUUUUUCUCUGUCACUCUA